AUGAGUAAAGAACGGAAGAUUGCACUGGUUGGCGCACGGGCUGUGGGCAAGUCUUCUUUGGCUGCCCAGUUUGCUGAAGAGUCUUUUAAUGACCAUUACUUUCCGACGAUAGAGAAUCAGUUGAAGAAGGAGGUCAAGUACAAGGGAAUAGAUUAUUCACUUGAAAUUAUGGACACUGCUGGUCAGGAUGAGUUUUCUACUUUGCAUAAUAAGUUGUUAAUUGGGGUUCAUGGGUAUAUGCUGGUUUACUCUAUAAAUUCAAGACAGUCUUUCGACAUGCUGGCUGUUGUGCGAGACAAGAUCCUUGAUGGGUUGGGAAUAAGCUCGGUGGAAGAUGGGCCUCCGAUCGUGAUUGUGGGCAACAAAAGCGAUUUGGAUUUUCAAAGACAGGUUACAGAGGCGGAAUUGAAACAGCUGGCGAGAAGCUUCGGUAACGUUCCGUGCUUCGAGUGUUCUGCCAAAAAUAACUAUAACGUUCGCGAGGCGUUUAAUGCCGUGAUUGACCAGAUCGAAGACAGCAAGGAGCCUACAGAUGAAGAAGAGACCCAGGUUAAAAGUAACGGAUGUGUUUUAAUGUAG